AUGGCCUCAAUGUCAACAUUGCCACAGCCCUCGCAGCUGUCGCGGCCAGUUCCAAACCCUUCAUCAUUAACCCCCCUCCCCAACUCUAAACCCAGAAAGUCUACGGGUUCCGACACGCCACGGGCCGCAUCCCCCUACCAAACCUCCAAACUACGGACCCCAUCCAGCCCCAAACCAUCAUCGCUCAAGUCACCUCUAUCAACCUCCAACUCAACCUCCAACCUAAAUGCGGCCCGGUCAGCUUCCGGUGGGCGCACUCCUGGUAGCCCCGAUAAAUCUUUGCGCCGAACAAUUAGUAUCGCCUCAUUCCCUCAACCACCAAAGGCCAACAGUCGUCCGUCCACUGCAUCAUCGCUCUCUGGGAUCCAAGGUGCUACUUCCAGUGUGCGACCCCAAAGAAGCUCGCGACUGAGCACAGGAACUACGAGCAGCUAUCGGAGCUCGAAAACUCCAUCAUUACUCAACGGUAGUGGAGAGGGGAAAUUCAUAUCAAGUGGUGAUGCGCGAGAUCCAGAGGCGUCUCCAACGCACAGCAGAAGUUCUUCCGCCCAAGGAUCGUGCUCAACGAGUGCGACGACUUUUGAGGAUGCAGAUGAUGCGACGGGGAAAUCAAUCUCGAAGCCAAAGGAGAUCAAGGGAAAUGUGCUGGUCAGCGUGCGCGUUCGUCCCGACAACAACAGCGGAGGGGAGACUCCCCGAAACCAUGGCGAAUGGUCCGUCGAUAGUCGGCAAAGCCUCAUCUCAUACCGUGGGAAAGAAGGAGGCGAUUACUUUUAUGAUAAUGUCUUUAAUCCACAAGAAAACAAUGCCAAGGUAUAUGAUUCGGCUGCCAAACGUCUUGUCCGGCGUGUCAUGGAGGGUUAUCAUGGAACGGUCUUUGCAUAUGGUAUGACGGGAACUGGAAAGACCUUCUCUAUGCAGGGAACGGCAACUUCCCCCGGUGUAAUCCCGCUCGCAAUCACCGACAUCUUUUCUUUCAUCAGAGAGACCCCACAUCGGGAGUUCUUGCUGCGGGUCAGCUAUCUGGAAAUUUACAACGAGAAGAUUAACGACCUCCUUUCCGCUUCCGCUGCCAACGCGCCCGCCGGAGCCCAGCAGGAGGAAAUCAAAUUGAGAGAGGACAGCAAACGAGGAGUAUAUGCAACGCCGCUCAAGGAAGAGAUCGUCCAGAGCCCGACACAACUCCUUCGUGUCAUCGCCCGAGGUGACCAUGCACGACGAACGAGCAGCACACAGUUCAAUGCACGCAGUUCUCGAAGUCACGCGGUGGUUCAGAUCGUGGUCGAGAGUCGAGAGCGAGUGCCCUCGGGCAGUUCUCAAGAUAAGCGCUCCGGGAUCGCCCCGGGUGGUGUGCGAGUGUCAACCCUGAGUCUGAUUGAUCUGGCUGGCUCCGAGCGUGCAGCUGAGGAUAAGGAACGCCGCACAGAAGGUGCUCAUAUCAACAAAAGUCUGCUCACUCUGGGCACCAUCAUCUCUCGGCUGUCGGAAAACAAGGAUAAGCAAGGCAACCCCACGGACCGCGAUGGGAGGCAUUUGCCUUACCGGGAUAGCAAGUUGACCAGACUCCUGCAGCCAGCCUUGUCCGGUGGCUCGCUUGUGAGUAUUCUGUGCACUAUUCAAUUCACGAGCGCGGUCAAUUCGCAUACCGGUGAAACUCUGAAUACGAUGAAAUUCGCUGCGCGGGCGAAGAAUAAUAUUGUCAGUCAUGCUAAAAAGGCCGAGGAGGCAUACGGCGGUGGUGGCGGUGAUUCCGGAAGUCGGGUACUGCUUGAACGAUAUCGUAUGGAGAUCCAGGCUCUUCGCGGUCAGCUUGACACCCAGGCCAAAUCCCAGGCGGAGAAGGAACUCAAAUGGGACGAACAGCAGUAUGAAAAGGAAGCACAGGCCCGACACGAGGAACAGGUGUUGGAAAUGCAGUUGGCUCGGACUGCGCUCAAAGAGCGGAUCGAGCAUCUCAAUCGCCUGAUUCUGAGCUCCAAGUCCACCGGUGUAAACAACCAUAACAGCCUCUCUGCGUUCGGACGUCUUUCCCGCAUGUCUGCAACGGAUUCGGGUACGCGGUCACUACGUUCUUCCGCCAGCCAAUCUACACUGGGUGCCGGCCAUUCAUCGAUUCGGCCCAUCUCAUUCAUGUCUGUCAAUAGCAACGAUCCCUCGUCGACUAUGCUAUACCCGGCAGGAUCGUUUGGCAACGAGGACGAAUAUGACCUUGGUGAAUUUGGCGAUGGCAAAGCCAGCUUGCAACGACAGGUCACUGCGCUGCAGGCUGAUCUCGGUGAUAAGAACCGUUACAUCUCUACCCUAGAGCGCCGGCUGCUCCAGGCAAGACGGUCCAGUCAUUCCCGAAUGUCCGGGGGCAUUAAGCCCGCAAAUGCCACAAUUGCCGAGCAUCCAGAUGUCUCCGCUGUGGUUCGCGAGAAAGAUAUGGAGAUCAAUGAGCUCCGAUUGCAGCUUGAUGAUAAGGAUCGCAUGCUUGCAGCACUUCGAUCCGCAGCUCGGCAUCGAGACUUGGCUGCUGUGACCAAUGAGUCGCAGUCACCAGAGGAGUUGAAGAGCAAGAAUGGGUCUACUGCUGGAGAUGUAGACAGUUUUGCAGGGACCAACGGCUUCAUUGCACAGUCUGAAAGUCCAGGCAAGCGUCCCUUGUCCGGUAGAAGUGAAAAAGAGGACGCGGGGAAGAAUAUGGACGAGGUCUCACGCAUGCUGGAGGAAAUGAUCCAGGUUCGAGCAGAAAGUGGACACAAUACUAAGAACAGGAGCAUUGCUAGUGAAAGCCGACGAGUAUCCUCAUCAGCGGAAGUGCCAGGUCUGAACCCAACUGCUGCCUCAUGGGAUCCAAACCUCAGCUCGCCAUUCCGAGGAUGA